GCAAGUGUUCUCUGGUGAAUUUUGCGGUGGGCCCAAGAAAAAAAGUAAUAUUUGUAAGCAAAAAUAUGGCAACACCAAAGUCUAUCGGUUUUUGUUUUGCUUUCGCAAAUCGCAAUUUUUUCUAGUCAGCUGAUUUAUCUAUUUAUUUUGUGGUUAAAAGGAUUAUCUUGCAUCUAAAUGAAGCUGAAAUGAGCUUUUUACUAGAGCUUAUACAAGCUUUUAUUCAAAAGAUGCUUGCCCUGCUAUCGUUUGGCCAGAAAACUAUUACCAACUCGCUAAGUAUUUAUAUAAAAACAAAUACGGGACGCACAAUUUCUGUAAACUUAGAGCCGCAGUGGGACAUAAAAAAUGUAAAGGAAAUUGUAGCACCACAAUUGGGGCUACAACCGGAAGAAGUAAAAAUCAUAUUCGCUGGCAAAGAACUCAGUGAUGCAACAACCAUUCAGGAAUGCGAUUUGGGUCAGCAAAGCAUAUUACAUGCCAUACGAACGCGGCCGCAACCGCAAAGGCAGCGGCUGCAGUCCACGGUUAUGGAGGAGGAACCGGCGGAUGCUGCAGGCACAACCACCCCCACUGGACGUGCGACCACUUCGCUCUCUGAAGAACCGUCGAAGCCGUUGUGCGAAACAUUAGUCGAUUUGCAGCUUUUGAGUGACGAACGCGUGAACAUUAAUGAGGAAGAUCGCCUACGUACAAAAGCGCAUUUUUUUGUGCACUGUACGCAAUGCAAUAAGCUAUGCAAAGGAAAGCUACGUGUGCGCUGCUCACUCUGCAAAGGUGGCGCAUUCACUGUGCAUCGUGAUCCUGAAUGCUGGGAUGAUGUGCUGAAACCACGUCGCAUUACUGGGCAUUGUGAAAGCCAAGAAGUGGCUUGUUUUGAUAAUGCAACAGGCAAUCCACCAUACACUGAAUUUUAUUUCAAAUGCGGUGAGCAUGUGUCCGGUGGGGAGAAAGACUUUGCAGCGCCUUUGAAUUUAAUAAAAAUUAAUAUAAAAGAUGUGCCUUGCUUGGCGUGUACAGAUGUUAGUGAAACCGUUCUAGUCUUCCCCUGUGCAUCGCAACACGUCACUUGUCUUGACUGUUUUCAGCAAUAUUGUCGCUCACGUUUAUCUGAGCGACAAUUUAUGCCACAUCCAGACUUUGGUUACACCUUACCAUGUCCUGCGGGUUGUGAGAAUUCUUUUAUAGAAGAAAUACAUCAUUUUAAACUUUUAUCGCGUGAUGAAUAUGCGCGUUAUCAGCGUUUUGCAACCGAGGAAUAUGUGCUGCAGGCAGGCGGUGUAUUAUGUCCGCAACCUGGUUGCGGCAUGGGAUUGUUGGUGGAACCAGAAUGCAAAAAGGUCACCUGUCAAAAUGGUUGUGGUGUAAGUUACUUACUGGGUAAUUCUGGCUAAGAUUAGUGGAAAGUCUUUUGUAAGACAAUUAAGACAGGGAAAAUUUUCUAUAUA